UAUAAAUCGUAAUAUUGGCUGCAAAAACCCCUGGGUGUUAAGUUAAAAGUCAUUUGAAUAGUUUUAAUCCCUAAAACUAUCGGCUUUCCGGGUCAAUUAAAAUAACAUCCAAGCAGCAUUAAUUUGUACAAGUCUCGACGGGUCACAGAGGCAGUCAUAUGCAGUUCGCCGCGGUCCCUGAGGCUGCAGUCUGUUGGGUCGUCUCUCCCACCCCUGAGCCGCGGGUGCGAUAUUCGCCGCGGUCCCCGAGCUCGGCCCUGUUGGAGCUGGGCGCAGUCCGCGGAAUCUCAGCGGAGACCCGCGGACCAAGAGGCCAGGGACCAGGGCCGAGAGACCAGGGCCUAGGGCGCAGAGACCAGGGCCCAGAGACCAGGGCCCAGAGACCAGAGACCAGGGACAAGAGACCAGAGACCAGGGACUAGAGAGGAGGGCCAGAGACCAGGGCCAGAGAUCAACACUGAGACCAGGGACUAGAGACCAGGGACUAGAGACCAGGGCCAGAGAUCAACACUGAGACCAGGGACUAGAGACCAGGGACUAGAGACCAGGGACUAGAGACCAGGUACUAGAGACCAGGGCCAGAGAUCAACACUGACAUCAGAGACCGACACCCAGACCAGAGAGACCAGGAGCCGCCCGACCGGACGAGAGAGCAGAGAGAGAGCUCAAGAGUGGGUAACCCGAGACCAGAGAUUAACACCGAGCACCAGGACUCAAGGCCCAGCGCCAGAGGUUACCACUGAGAUUUUGGAGCCGAGACCAGAGGUCAACACGGGGACCCGACCGGCACAAGGAUCAGAGAUUACGACCGCGACCGGACAGGCGCCAGAGAUCAACACUGCGACGAGGAUCAGAUACAGAGAGAAGUCGGCACCAGCAGCUGAGCUUAGACAUCAGAACCAGAUACCGAACUAAGGAACCGGGAGUUCGACAGCACGGCGCUUAUCGGCGAUUCACGACCCGGCGGCGUCAGAUACAGACAACGGGAUCGGGGAGACUGAGACAUCGUUGUUAGUCACCUGGAAUCUGGGACCGGUAUCAGAAUCGUAUCGGGGUGGGGAGGUGGUGGGGUGCGUGGCAGUGGUCGCGAGUAGGACUCGGGAGGCGACCAAGAAGCGGGCGGUUCGCUUGGACCAGAACCCGAAUCGGGUCCGGGAUCGGUGCGAGAGGCUUCACCCGCGGCGUCUGGGGGCGCCUUGAUGAGACGGGAGCCCCGUCCUGAUUCGCCCGUGACUGCCGACCUCCGUCACCACCACCGCCACCACCGCCGCCGCUCUCCCGGCGAGGGGAGCGCGCGUUCGGCGCAACCGGGGAGGAGGCGGUGGGGGGAGACGCGGCGGAGAUGGCGUCCGGCGCUGAGCGGGCUCCCGCGGCGGGCGGUGGAGGAGGAGGCGGCGGCUCGGCGGCGAAGUCGCUGGGCUUCGACUUCCGGUCGUCGGCACGGCUGCAGGACAUCGAGAGGCUCAUCCACGAGUUCAACAAGCACGACCAGCGCGAGUACGACGAUCAGCGCGCCCUCGAGAUUCACACAGCCAAGGACUUCAUCUUUUCCAUGCUGGGCAUGGUGCAGAAGCUGGAUGGCAAGCUGCCCGUCGCCAACGAGUACCUGCUGCUGUCGGGCAGCGUGCGCGAGGGCGUGGUGGACAUGGACGUGGAGCAGCUGGGCGACUUUGCGCGCGGCGCCGACUACGACAUGGACUUCACGUUGCUCGUCCCCGCGCUCAAGCUGCACGACCGCAACCAGCCCGUGACGCUCGACAUGCGCUGCUCGGCGCCGUGCCACUCGUGGCUCAGCCUGCGCCUCUUCGACGAGGCCACCAUCAGCAAGUGGCGCGGCUGCUGCACCACGGUGGAGCACCCCAACGGCGCCACCAACCACUUCUUCUCGCCGCUCAAGGUGGCCGACUGGUUCCACCGCUCCGUGGAGGUCGUGCUCGGCGAGAUGCAGCGGAAGCCUCAGAGGGGAAUGCCGCGCGUGGAGCGCGUGGAGCAGAAGGGGACGCUCGUGUCCAUGGUGCUGGUCGUGGGCAGCAGCCGCAUCCUCUACGACAUCGUCCCCGUCGUCUCCUUCAAAGGCUGGCCGGCCGUGGCGCAGAGCUGGCUCAUGGAGAACCACUUCUGGGACGGCAAGAUCACGGAGGAGGAGGUGAUCGGCGGCUUCUACCUGGUGCCCGCCUCGUCGCCCAGCGGCUGUCGGGACAACGAGUGGCGCCUGUCGUUCGCUCGCAGCGAGGUGCAGAUGAAGAAGUGCAUCCCGACGCCCUUCAUGCAGGCCUUCCAGGCGUGCAAGGCCAUCGUGCUGCGCCUGCUGUCCCGCCCGCAGGCCGUGGGGCCCUACCAGCUGCGCUCCGUCGUGCUCUGGGCCUGCGACCGCCUGCCCUCGGGCUUCCUGGGCCAGGAGAGCAACGAGGCGGCGCUGCUGCUGGGCCUGCUGGACGACGUCCUGCACUGCCUCGUCAACAAGUCGUGCCCCAACUACUUCAUCCCGCAGUGCAACAUGUUCGAGCACUUCACCGACGAGACGGUGCUGCUGCUGGCACGCAAGGUCUCGUCGGUGCGAUCGGACCCCGUGGAACACCUCUCGACGGCCGUGGAGCAGGUGAAGGCCGCCAACGCCGUGCGGCUGGAAGCGCACGCGGCGGCUGCCGCCGCGGCCGCGGCCGGCGGCUCUGCCGCCAGCGCCGGCGGAGGCUCGGGCGGCCUGCCGGGAUCGCAGUCGGACGGGGCGCUGGCCGACAUCCGAGGGCAGGACGACCGACUGGCCAAGAAGCUGCAGCAGCUGGUGACGGAGAACCCCGGCAAGUCCAUCUCGGUGUUCAUCAACCCGGACGACGUGACUAAGCCGCACUUCCGCAUCGACGACAAGUUCUUUUGAGCGACGUCGUACUUUUCGAGCUGGGUUAUCAAGAACCCAGUCGCAGCGCUGACGUCUCCCGGGCCGGCAUCACGGCCCAAGUCUUAACGACGCCCGGGAUUCACAAAGUGGUCUCGCGUCCGAGUACUGUCACCGGGCUUAACUCGCCUUCGUUCCCGGGAUGCAACCGGGAGCAUUCGGGGUAUGAUGGGAUGUCGUCAGCUUUGUGAUGGGGGCAGGUUACGUUCAGAGCCGGCCUGUAAUACAGUUAUCCAAGUAAUUGAUCGCGAUUUAAAUUGUCAGUUCGGUCGCUCCGUUUUGUCAGAUAUCAUGAAAAUAGUUGAAAGAAGAAAGAAAAGCUCACCUCUGCUCCCUAUGUAUGACCCGAGACCGGAGAUGAUGGGCGGGGCUUGGUGACAUCAUCAUUCGCCACGUCAUGCGAGGCGUGGCUUACAGGGGAUUCCCACCUUCAAGUGGGUGGCAGGUUCUAGGUGCGGCUGAUAUAAAAAAAUGUUUUAAUCAUCGACCGCAAAGUAGAGGCGAAAUGUCAGUUUGACGAAUCGACUUCGUCGUCCAAUCGACGCAGCUCUCGGCAAAGUUCCCCCGAUCGGUGGCGUCGCCCCCCCCUCGUCACAUGACUCCCCGACGCGAUGCAUUUUCGCUUCGCGCCGGAACCGGCCGCGCGUCGCGAUCUUCGGCGGUGGCGUGUGGAUGACGUGUCGCCGUGUUGCGCGACGUGCCCCCCCGCGGCAAUGCACGAACGACGGCGGCGUUUUAAAAAAAAAAAACGGUUGAUAAAGUGUCCUUUCCAGUUCAGUCGGCAUGUAAUGAUUCACUCGUCCCUAGGGACUUGAUGAAUUAUUACGAGUUGGGAUCGUGGUUCGAAUUAAGAAAAAUGUAUCUCGGAAUUUAAAGUCUUGUUCAUAUCAUUUGUUUUGGUCUCUUCUGUACAUUUCUGUCCAGUCUGCCAGCCUAAGUGUAACAUUGGAAUAUCGUUCGCACAUACAUCUACAUAAAUCGCACGUCAUUGUCGCACUCACGAUUAGGUCCGUGUCUCGUGAGCGUCCGGGAUGAAUUGAUGCGUCGUUGCAUGCCUACUCUCAAUCGACGGAUAGGCGGCGCCAGAUGAGAUUUAACUCGGUCGGGGUGGGGGUGGGGGGAGCGAUUCGGAAACACUGGGGCACCAGCAGUGGCUUCGCUGCAGAUACAGCGGCAGUAGCAGCAGCAGACGGCGUUUGAUUCCGCGUCUACGGUUGUCGCAGCUGUGGUCAAGGCGACAUGGGGGAAGAGAGGGUGCCACCGGCCAUUGGCUGCUUGCCGGUCAUUGCGAUGGACGGAGGCGCGCUGCCGAGACCCGGCCAUGGCUUGAAGCUCAACCCGCCGCGUACGCGCGACCGGCGCAGCACACCCGCCGUUGGCGACGCUGUCGCGUCGUCGCCACCGUCGCCGCCAGUUGGGAGUGGAUGCAGACAGGAGGAUUAAGCGACGUUCGAUAACCAUCGCAUGUGGAGCGUGCUUGCAUCCGCUGGCCGCUCGCUCAAUGUGGCGCCGUAGGUACUCGAGCGGUCGGUCGGAGGCAAUCGCUGAACUAUAGCAGUUCCGCGAGAGAUUUUCGAGAGAGUUGCUGCGUUGAGCACAGAGCCGCGAACACCCACAAGCGCUGCGUCCCGGGUGGUGGGAAGUGAAGAUCUCGGUUGGGAUCAUCGGCACGAGCGAAACGAGCGUCUUGGGCCUUAGAGGACUGCAUCUGCAGUGUCUCUUUUACAAGCACAGGACGAAACAUUUUAUUAAAUUCAUAAACGCUGUAUUAUCAUUUAAACAAAAAGCACCGUAGGCUAACGUUCUGGGCAAUGGCUCUUCUUCUGUCUGUUCUGAGCAAAGCCUCCUGCAACGUUUCUUGUUGCUGGACAGUAUUGGUGACGACAACGGCAGGACGUAUUGAUUGAUGUGCGUGCGUGCGUGCGCGCUUUCUGUUGCGAGCCCUGGCUGAGCGAGCGAGCUGUCGAGUGCGAAGGUGAUGCAGCUGCACCGGAGCCCGUGGGCUGGCUGGAGGGGUCCAGGCGCCGGGUAACCGAAGGGAGGGCACCCGUGCCGACAGCGCCACACUACGCCGCCGUUGUGAGCGAGAGAGCGUGGCCGGUGCUGCCGGGGUAGUCGGAUGGAAUCCUGGAAGCUCGCUCGUUUUACCAUUCUCGCAUAGGUCACGGCACUAGUCCAGGCCAGGUGUCGUCACAAAAUGAUACGGAUUGUUUUGACACUGUUUUUUUUUGGCGGGGUUUUCAGUAAGUGGUGGGGGUUGAUCUGGGGUAGUGGUUGGGAUUUGUUGUUGCGAGUGGUAUUUGUCUGGCGGAGUCGACAACCUGGCCUCUCUAGCCUCUCUGUCACGGCUAUCCUUGCCGUGGGCAGGCCCAGCUUGCACAAGGUGACAUCGUGCAGCGCGCCCUGGCGCAUCUGCAGCCCUCCGGCCGCCCGUCUGGUCUCGUGCGUUGUCUUUUUGUAACCGGUUCGUGCCGGUUGACACGACACGUUUCGUGUAUGUAUGCGAGUGUGUGUGUGUUUUUUUAUAUGUAAAUAGGGUACCGUAGAUGUUUUGAGUAAUGCACUAUGCUGACUUAAUAACGAGCCGCCGAGCUCGCUAAGCUAAGUGUGGGUCUAAACGUUGAGCCGGAGUGCAAGGAGGAGAAUGUGGGCGCGCAUUGUGAGAGGGCUGCGGAGCAGAUGCACCGAUCGGACACCGGAUUUUUAGCGCUCUGUCUUGUGCGGUCCUUGUGUCAUCAUGGGAGCGUAAGGGCCCCAUCCUGGAAGAGAGGAGAUUCAGGAGGGGGGUAGCGGGGCGGGGGGUAACAAUCGGACCUAAGGUCAAUUAUAAGAUCCACAGCACUUACAAUUACCGCAUUCUCUGGAGUAUAAGACCCACCUUUUUGCCUGUAUUUCAAAGCAAAAGCUGGGCAGGUGGGGGGGGGGGGUGCGUGUCUCUUCGGAUAAAUCCGGUAGGUGCACGCGUGUAUUAAGCGAGAUCAGUUUUUUUGCGCAACUCGAUUGGCGCCGGGGCCUACAAAUUUGGCGUGCGUCUUACUUUGCCGAGGGUCUUAUAUAAUCCGCGAUCGCAACCCCUUGCGGAUGGCGCAAGCUACGAUUGUCAUUGACCCCAGGGUCCGAAGCCACGCGCACCCCAUACGUCGUUCCUCCCCUCGUGAAGAAGCGCGACUUGGUUUCUAUAGCACAGAGUCAAGCGGUGUCUUGAUAAGACGCGGGGGGGGGGGGGAAUGGAGCAUUCGAGCAGAAAAAAAAAUCUUAACACUGUGUGAACAUGCGUUGGGGGUAGGGGGGGGCGGUCACUUGCUCAUCCGCACACCUUACACACACACACUCUCACACAGGACAUUAGGGCUUUUGCCACAUUCGGAGCAUUGCAAACAUUUCAUAUUGAAAUACAUAUUUUUGAGGGCCUUAUUUACAGCGAAAUACCGUCAUAACCAGUCUGCUUUGUAUUGAGGUGACAAUUUCACCCCUUUUCCCGCUGGCACGUUGGAGCCGGGCCAGCGCGCGGGGGGGUGAUUUUUCCACCGGAUUUUUUUUUUGCCGUGCAGAGCCCAAAGCAAACAGUGAUGCUCUGCUGGUCCUCCCCAAGAAGACGUCUGAAUUUUUUUAGACCGGGGCCCAAGCAGAGCCAGGGUGCAGGGCUAAGGACGCGUCACCGACACGGCUCGGGGUGGGUGGGGGUGGGGGUUCUGCGGUGGGAAAGCGUGGCGCCUCCAGACGCGCACCAGGCUGGCUUGGCACGGCUCGGGCGUGGCUCGCUCGUACAGCCAAAAUAAAAAAAAGAGAGACUGCACGCUCCAGACCGCUGCAGCUACUACCGGUGUGCGGUCUGUUAGGGCUGGGAGUCCGAGCGCAGUGCGGCUGGGGAUGAGUGCAGUGACUCGCAAGGGAGAGGAGUGCGGGGGAGUGGUGAUUGGGCAGGGAGGGUGAUGCAAGGAAUUGUGAUUGAGCAGGGGGGUUAGGGCAGGGAGGGUGGUGCAGGGAGUGGCGAGUUGAGCAGGGAACUGUGGUUGAGGGAGGUUAUAGCAGGCAGUGUGGUCGAUCUGGGUUAAUUCCGUGUUUCGCCCCGGACUUGAACGCCCCGAAUGGCCCGGCUGCCCCCUCCGCUGGAGGUGCGUUUUGUUUGCGCGACGUCGCGAUUACCCCGUGCUCUUUUCUGCAGAGAGGAGACUCGAUGUAAAACUUCUCUCGUCACAGGUGUGACGUGAUCGAUAGCGUUGUUGUCGGGUGAUCUGCGGGUUUAUUUUGUCCGUUGUAAUGAAUACGUGGAAUGUUUUAUCGGUCGUCAUGAUCAGUUGUUUUUUUUUUAAGCCAAAAAGUGUACGAAACAAAUAAAAUCAUCAGUGUAAUCAAAAAACGAAGCGUUUCUUCAGAUUAUGUAUGCAAGGGUACUACUGUCAAAAAAUAAAUUCUGAAUUGAAACUUA